CGCACCCGGUGCAAUAUGAAUUUAUGACGGAGGCCAUCGUUUACUCGCACACGGACAGCCCUCGUAGGUAACAAGCCAUGCGCGGUUCGAUGAUGGACGAACCCCCUGAAGUGUCGAGGACUCAGGCUUGGAUCAGUCGCGGCCCACUGACGACACACUGUUCCAGCUUCUUCUGCUGCACGAUCGCUUUGUGUCUCCAUCGCGUCUGCCCUAUGAAAGGCAACAUCCCGAAGCCCACUUAAGCCUCCUCGUGGCACACGAAGCACAGACAAGUGACAUUACAGCAAUGCUAGUGCCGUCAAAGACGGCCUGGAAUCCCAUGAGCGAGUGCAGAUAAUCCAGUUGGGAGCUUCGCGUCCAGUGCCUCGGCAGCCACCUUCAACUCGGGCUUCACAUUGCCAUCGGCAGACACCGCGAUAAUCGACGAUGGCUGGUAAUAGACCACCUGCGUCCCACUCUUGUCCGCUUUCUCUACCACCAGAAGUCGUGGCGGGACGUUCAAGGGGACG